CUCAUAAGCUCCCAAAUAGCAGUUGUAGAGUGCUCACUGUUAACCAGUCGGACAGAAAGAGACAUUUCUCUCUCUCUAUCUCUUUCUCUAUCUCCACCCUUUCCCUUUUAGCUUCUUCUCUCUCAAUACCCAUCGCUGCAGAAUACACGCACUAACCAAACAAUGGUGGCUGGGAAGGUUAAAGUAACCGUGGGUCUUCAAAGGUCAGCUGCCAAUACAAAGACAGACGCCUCUCCUAAGUCGACAUUGCCGUCUCCUAGCUCCGGCAAAGUCACGCAGAAAGGCGCAGGCGCCGUCUUCUCCCGUUCCUUUGGAGUUUAUUUCCCGCGCUCUUCUGCUCAAGUUCAACCCCGACCACCUGACGUCGUCGAGCUCAUCCGUCAAGUUGAGGAAUUGCGGGAAAGGGAAUCACGUCUCAAAACCGAAUUGCUCGAACAUAAACUACUCAGAGAAUCUGUCUCCAUCGUCCCUGUACUGGAAAACGAGAUCUCUUGGAAGGACGCGGAAAUCGAGCGGAAUGCGAAGAAGAUCGAUUGCUUGGAAACGGAGAACGAGAGGUUGAGGCAGGACUUGGAGGUUCUGCAUAUCAAGGCAAUGGAGGAGAAACAGGCGAAUGAGCAGAAAGCGAAGGUAAUGCAGGCGGAGAUUAUGGUUUUGAAGAAGGCGGUUGUGGAAUUGAGUAGACUUGAAUCAUCGAAGAGGUUACAAAACAACGAUGAUUCACAGAGAUUCCAAGGGCUAAUUGACGUAUCUGUGAAAUCGAAUCUGAUUCGAAAUUUGAAAAAAGGGCUUAAACUUCAUGACCAAAUCGAUGAGAAGAAAUCUAUUAUCGCUGUUGAAAGGCAACAACCCUGUAAUGAAAUUGCAGAGACUUCUGAACCCUUGGUUAGGAGACCUCGAUUGCCUAGGGUUCCAAAGCCUCCCCCAAGACCAUUAUCUACUCCAUCUUCGUCGUGUUCUAUCAUCAUAGAUGCAGAGAAGUCGUCAACAGAACAUAAAGCUUCAACUCAACCACCCCCUCCUCCUCCACCGCCAAGAGUUACUCCUCCGACGAGAGCAGCUCCUCCUCCUCCUCCGCCGCCGCAUAUGGUAGUUAAGCCAGGAUGCGAAAAGGUGAGGAGAAUGCCUGAGGUUGUCGAGCUCUAUCACUCUCUAAUGCGGAGGGACACGAGGAGAGAAUCCGGCGCCGGCGGAGCACCGGAAGCGGCGGCGUCCAGCGCUCGUGACAUGAUCGGGGAAAUCGAGAAUCGGUCUACUCAUUUGCUCGCCAUUAAGACAGAUGUAGAAACCCAGGGCGAUUUCAUUAGGUUUCUGAUAAAGGAAGUUGAGGAUGCCUCAUUUACAGACAUUCAAGAUGUGGUUCCUUUUGUCAAAUGGCUAGAUGAUGAACUCUCUUAUCUGAUUGAUGAGAGGGCAGUUCUCAAACACUUCAACUGGCCAGAGCAGAAAGCGGAUGCAUUGAGGGAAGCUGCAUUUGGGUAUUCUGAUCUGAAGAAGCUCGAAUCAGAAGCUUCAUCGUUUCGUGACAAUCCUCGUCAACCUUGUUCAUCUGCCCUCAAGAAAAUGCAGUCACUGUUGGAGAAGCUUGAGCAUGGUGUUUAUAACCUUUCGCGUAUGAGAGAAUCUGCUACAAAGCGUUACAAUCUACUUCAUAUUCCAACUAACUGGAUGCUUGAUACUGGAUUCGUUGUUCAGAUUAAGCUGGCAUCUGUUAAGUUAGCGAUGAAAUACAUGAAGAGAGUAUCUGCAGAACUGGAGAGUAAUAGUAGUAUUAGCGGCUCAUGUGUUGAAGAGGAGGAGCUGAUAGUUCAAGGCGUUCGGUUUGCCUUCCGGGUACAUCAGUUUGCGGGUGGAUUUGAUGCGGAGACAAUGAGAGCAUUCCAGGAGUUGAGAGACAAGGCAAGAUCGUGUCAUGUCCAACGACAAAAUCAGCAAAAUCAGAGAUACUUGUGCCGGACCACUACGUGUUAGCAAAACUUCUUGCGGGUAUCAAUGUUUUAUUGUAAAGAUUGUAAAGUGGCAUUUUCCAACAACAAAUUUUCUAUUAAGCUUCAAACAAAUCCCAUCAUCUGUUAAUCUAAUGGAAUGGCAUUUUGAUAUUUUCCGUAUUGUAUAAUCUUUCACAAAAGAAAAAGUUCUUAGAGGCGAUUUUCGCUUGAUUCA